GUAGGUACAAGGGAUAAAAUGAGGCCGCUCUUGAGGCAUUACUACCCAAAGACUAAUGCUUUUGUGCUUGUUGUAGACUGUAUCAACAGAAAUAAAAUUACAGAUGCAAAAGAGGAACUACAUAGACUUGCGCCUUCAGAAGUUGAAGUGAAUGGUGUUCCUAUUGCUGUCGCUUUGAAUAUGAGAGAUUUUCCCGAUAGUAUGUCAAAAGAUGAGAUAAUGGAAGAACUAGAAAUUGAGACCAUUCAGAAAGAUAGGCCUUGUGAAGCUUUUCUGACGACAAUCAGACCCACUGACGAAGUGGAAACGGAGUUCGAUAAAUUAAUGGAAUGGAUUGUCAAGGAAACAGCCAAACAACAAAAUGAACCUGCAUUAAGAAAUCCUAAAGAAGAUCGUUUCUCUGCAUACAUAUGGCAACCGAUUAUGAAGAUGAAAAGCUUUAUGUUUGAUUGAUGACAGUAGUCAAUUCAUUGGUCGUGUCCUGUACAUGUGCAAUACUAUAGUUUUGGAUUUUUUCCCCGCUUUCGCGAAAGCGAGGAAACAUUUAAUCUCAGUCGUCUGUCUAGCUGUCCGUUAGUCAGUCA